UGCCUCCUCAUCGGCCAUGUUUGUUAAGGUCAAAAAUAGUAAAGCAAAGGGGACGUGGAAAAGGUUGUAGAGGAGCAGUGAAUACAUCUCACAUAGGACAGCAUGGAGCAGAGGGAACCGUGCGCAGGUCCCGUGCUGGGAAGGUGCAGCCAUUUCGUUCAGAGGAAGAAACGAUAUUGUAAGAUGAUCGUAGGAGAGGGGAAGAAGUUUUGCGGGGAGCAUGCCGAAAAUGGGGAGGAGCACAGCAGCAGAAUCCGGAUGCCUUGUCCUCUGGACCCCAAGCACACAGUUUAUGAAGAUCAGCUCCAAAAACAUCUAAAGAAGUGCAACUCCAGGGAGAAACCUCCACCAGUUUUUUAUGUGCGUGAUGUGAAUUCUGGAGCCGUGGCGGCAGAUAAAGGUCAGGAACAGGUGAGCCUUGGUUCCUUGUCCAAAGAAGAUCUGAGGAGGCUUACAGACACGCUGGUACAGGUCACUGCUGGCUUAGACCCCCCUCGGCCAGACAAGAAACUUUGUCAUCCAGCAUUACACGAAGCUCUGAACGAUCCAGCAAAUGGAGAUUCUGCCUCCAAACAUCUCAAACAGCAGGGCUCUAUUUUGGGUCAUUUGGAAAGGCUGGGUUUGCUUGGUCAGUCUCGUUGUUUUGUAGAAUUUGGAGCAGGCCGAGGAAAGUUGUCACACUGGGUGAACAUCGCUACCGAAGAUGCAGAAAAUGUCCAGUUCCUGCUGGUAGAAAGAGCCACGACUAGAUUUAAGAUGGAUGGAAAACAGAGGAAGUCGACAUUUGAGAGACUCCAUAUUGACAUUCAGCACCUGUGUUUAGAUCGAGUUCCCAGUCUUGUACAGAAACAGCUUCCUGUCAUUGGAAUUGGCAAACACCUCUGUGGAGCAGGCACCGAUUUGGCUCUUCGAUGUCUUGUUCAUAAUUACGUUAAUCCAGAGGGAGAACCCCAGUCGAAGCGCUCCAGAACAGAUGCAGAACAGUCAGUCAGUCUAGCACCCACAAAUCACUGCAGUGUGGAUGGAAUCGUUAUCGCCCUGUGCUGUCACCAUCGCUGUGAUUGGCAGCACUAUGUGGGCAAAGGCUUUUUUGAAAAGCUAGGGCUUGGGCAGCAGGAAUUUGGACUUUUUCAGCGCAUGUCCAGCUGGGCUACAUGUGGCGCUAGAAGACCAUCUCAGGUAGAGAACUCAAGCGGAAAAGGAAACUUUGAGGAUAUAGAAGAGCAUGACCUGGACCGGAAGAACAAUGGCUGCAAUGAAGAAUCUGCUCAAGGGUUACAACUUUCUGUUGAGGAGCGAGAACAUUUAGGACGUCUUUGCAAGCUGCUGAUAGACCGUGGACGUGUAGACUACUUGGAAAGAAUGGGAUAUGAAGCCAGCUUAGAGUAUUAUACGGAGCCAGAGGUAUCAUUGGAGAAUGUUAUACUGACAGCAGUACCUCAGUUACACAAAGCAAACUCUUAAAUUGUGAAAAGUGACUUCAUCUUAUUUACCAAGGUUUUUACUAUGCUAUGCAGCAGGAAACCAAGUCAUCAGGAACAGAGUGGUGCAACGUUGAAGCAUUGUGGCUGUGGUAAAAAGAUUGUGUGCAACUUGCUCAGGAAACCCUGUUCUUCUGCUCCACUAACUGAAUGACGCACAUGGUUGGUGAUGCAUAUUCCUACUUGUGCUUCUCAGGAUUAUAAAGGCAGAUGCAAUAAAUGAAGGGCUCCAUGAUC